GGACGCUACUGUUCCAAGAAGUGAGCGUGCCGACAUUUUAGUUGCUCACGGUCACUCGGUUCGUUGCUCCAUCUUCUUCGCGUGGAUUUUUCUUCCGAACAAUUGCUCGCAAUUGCAGAUCGAGGUAUUUUGAACGUCGAGUAGCGUAUAGUACGAACCGUGUACGUACCGUACGCAGUAAUAGUAGUAGCGAUAAUAGAGCGAUAAUAGUUCUGAUACGAACGUGUGAGGUCGUAAAAAGCUCGGUUGUGAUCGCGCGGUCAUAUCCGCAACGACGAGGUGAAGGCUGUGAAUUUCGCCAGGGCGGACAGCAAGAAAAUUGGCGCUGUAUAUCCGCUACAGCCCCUUUCUCUUUCUCUCUCUGUCUCGCUCAACGAUAAGUUGCAACCAUGAGCUAUGGUUACAAUAAAUACAGUUCUACCAUGAGUUCUCGUGGUCGAGGAUUUAGUUCUCGCGGAGGUUCUUAUAGAGGACGAGGUGGAGGUGGUGGAAACGAAUGGAAUGGUAGCUCGGCAGGUGGAAAUAUAUCCAGCCGAGGAGGAUACUCGUCUUCUAGAGGCGGCAGAUUUAAGUACUCGACGACGAGCUAUGAUUCUAGAUCCAAGUAUAAUUCAGGAUCGGAAAGAUAUACAAGUAGAGGUGGUCGUGGCGAACAUUCAAACAGUUAUAAAAGACCUCGCGAUUCAUAUUCCGGUAGGGAUGAUCACCGAUCGUCCAGUGAAUCAACACGUAAAAGGAUAAGAAGCGAUUAUCAGGGUGGAGGUAGCGGUAGCGGUUCACAGAGGUAUUCAUCGUACGGUUCAUCUACAUCGGCGCCCUAUGAUGAUAAUAAGGGAUCGUCAUCCGGCGUAUACGAGGACAAGAGACAGAGCGAACGAGCAUCAUCGUACCACCGUUCCGAGGACCGUCACUCCGCCUCGCGAAGCUACGCGCCUCCGCCACCACCUCGGAUUAGUGAAAUGGCACCGCCCCCGACUCAGAGAUACACCUCGAGUCGAGGAAGAAUAUCGCAUCAGAGUUCAAAUUACAGAGGUCGCAUUUCGACCCGCGGCACCACUGGUAGAGGUAGUGCAUUUCAUCGCGUGAGUUCUCGAUCGGACGUCCUCAUGGCUCGCAAGCGUACCCUGCACUCGCUCGACUAUCGUCGAAAGCUGCUAGGCUCACGCUCGCGAGACUACAUCCAGCGUGUGCGCAUGACUACUACCAAACUACGCAGGAGUAGCGGUACUACUAGGCUACCCGGAAGUAAAAAGGACUCGGGAUCCGGUACCAGCGUAAAGGACAAGGAUAGAGAGAUGGCCAAAGCCAUUAAUGCAGAAUUUUCUGAUGACGAUGACGAGGAAGAUAAUAAGAGUAAUUGGGACGACGAAGAAAAGCCACAUGAACGUGAUGACGAGGAGGACAUGGAAGAGGAAGACGAAAAGAAGAAAAAAGAGGACAAGCGUAAGAAGGAAAAGCAAGAUAGAGAAAGACAACAUACCGAAGAUGAGGAAGAAAAAGAUGAUGAUAUUAAAGAAGAUGAUGAUCAAAAGCGAGAAGAGGACGAAGACGACGAUGGUGAUGAUGAGGAACGUGGCGAGGAUGAAAAAGCAGAACGCGAUAGAACCGCUAAUUCCGAAGAUUUACCUAGUAGACGGGAUGGUAGAAAAUUCAUAAAAUUGAAAUGUCCGCAUUGCGCCCAUCAUAGCGUUACGUUUAAAGAAUAUUCGCUUCAUCUGUUCACCGGUCGGCAUAGUGCGGCAAUGAAACGUAUCGCAGCGCGACAUAAGGUGACUCUUACGCGUAUGCGAGUUGUUCAACGACAAGAGCAAAGGCGUAUCGAAGCUCGCGAUGCAGCUCGCGGUACACUACCAUCUCGUACUAUGUUCUGUGCCAUUUGCAAAUUGAAUUACCGUUCCCUGAAAGCCGCUCAUCAGCUGUCCGAAUCUCAUCGACAGAUGAAACGAUUCCUCACACCAUUCUGCCGUGUUUGUCGUGUCCAGUUCCGUUCGCCAAUGUUCUUUGAAACGCAUAUGUGUUCGCUGGAACACAUCAAGAGAAAGAGUAUAUUGAGAGAAAGAAUGAACGCAAAUGGAAGUGGCGAAGCCGAAGCUGAUUCUAGCGCACCCGAAGAGGAUGACAAAGAAGUUAACCUUGAUAAUUUCAUGACUCUGGAUUCUGUAGGUGAUGUAGACGAAGACGAAGAGUCUAGCGAGAAGAAGAAGGAGAAAACCGAGGGUGAGAGUUCGAGCGAAGCGGAGAAAAAAACGAAAAGCAAACAAAUGAUAAAAGUUGGUGCGGAAUACAUAAAACGUGUCGAGGUACAAUACUGUGAGUUAUGCAAAUCGUAUCUACCACGCAGCGAGAAUACAGAGCGAGCGAUCGCUCUACAUUGUUCUACUCGCAGUCAUCUUAAACGGUAUGUGCGUGAUAAUGACGACAAGGCGCUUAGACGUCAAGCAGAAAGAAUACAUCUACAAUCAUCCUCGACGAAUGUAAAUUCUACCGCUUCAACCGCGACUAAUAAUACAUCGGACAUCGCGAAAGCUUCUCCCACCAAUUCCGAGCCACAAGUAUCUGUUACGCCCACGACUACCGCAGGUGACAACAACGAUGUUUGCGGCACAGAAUAUAUUAAAAUGGAUGAUGACAAGUCUAAUAAUUUAGAGUCCGAAAAGAAUGCGAAAGACAAUAAGAAUAAUCAAGGCGAUGAACUAGAUGAUGAUGAUUAUCGCGCGCAUGGUGCCGAUAAAAUGAUAUGGGAUGAUGUCGACAAAGAUUUAGGUGAUAUUCUAAGAGAAAGCGAAGCGGGAGCGUCAAAAUCGAGCGACGAUGAGGAUUCGCGUUACGAUCGUUUUCGCAAUUCAGACAAGAAGCAACAGCCCGGAAAAGAGAAAGAAAAUGAAAAGAGCGAAGUUCUCGAAGACAAGAGUGGUAAUAACAAGAUGAAAGAUGUAAAAAAUUAAGCUGAAACAAGAAAAAACAAAUGUGUAAUAUCGUCGAGAAUUGUCCUUUGCUGUAUAUCUUCGAUUUAUUUUGAUUUAUUUUCGAUUCCUUUUCAUUUCAUUUUUUAUUUUUUCUAAAUUUCUGUUCCGUCUCAGUAGAUGAAUAAAUGUUUUAAUAGGAUCAAACGUAUGUUCUAUCUUGUUUAAUUAAAAUGAAAAUAGAUUUGUGUGCGUGAUGCGCGUCCAAAAUAUCUAUUCACCGAAUAUAUUAUCCGUAUUUUUGAAAUCUCAAUAACACUGUAUUUAGUAAGUCUUGUAAUUUUCAAUUUAUGUAACUUUUUAGUAUGAGUAUGAAUAUUAUCGAUACGAUGGUUUAUUGCCCUGACGGACUGUCCGAAUAUAAUUAUACAUAUAAUUAUACAUAUAAGUACAUAUAAUUACGAGAUAAUUGAAAUAUAGAAAUUUCAAUUUUCAGUUAUUAGCGCAAACGAAAACGUCUGAUCAAUGUGUGCAUUUCAUGUAAGCACAAUUUAAUUAUAAAUUGCUGAUCAUAAUAAAUUCUGCACUCUCUAGGAUCACAAUGAUACUUUUUAACCAAUUCCUGUAGCUUGAAUCGUUAUCGUUACCUAUUAUUUUAAUAAAUAUGAAGAAAAUUUUGA